ACUUGCGGCUGCAACUGCGCAGUGGCAUUCGGCUUUCAGUUCGUCAAAGUUGGGCGACUGGUGGCCGCUAUAGAAGCAGCCCCAGCGGCCAUCGUGGGCCAGCUGUGACUGGAGGGAGACAUGCGACGUUACUUACGGAUGUUAGUGCUCUGUCUGGGUUGCGGCUUUUGCUCGUUGCUUUACAGCCUCAACCAAUUCGCUGUGAAUCUGGAGGAAGAAGCAUCUGGCGAUGGCGGGAAACUAAAGGCCGCAGCUACUUCCUGGCUCACUGUUAGCAAACGGAUAGCUGGGAAAGGAGCGCGAAGCGUAGGCCCUAAGGAGAGUCCCGGGGGGCCCGACAGGUAUAAUAAGGAUGUAUCUCUCUCUUAUUGGAAUCCCUAUUGGAUGCUGCCCUCUGAUGUUUGUGGAAUGAACUGCUUUUGGGAAGCCACUUUUAGGUAUAGACUGAUGAAAACACAGUCCUCUGACACAAUGCACCUAGCUGUGGUAGCCUGUGGGGAACGACUGGAAGAGACUAUCACUAUGAUAAAAUCAGCUAUUAUUUUCAGCAUCCAGCCUCUUCAGUUUCACAUUUUUGCUGAAGACCAAUUACACCAUAGCUUCAAAAACAUACUCGAUGGCUGGAAAUUUCUGCAGACAUUUAAUUACAUUAUAUAUCCAAUAACUUUUCCGACUGAGAAUGCAGCAGAAUGGAAAAAACUCUUUAAACCAUGUGCUUCACAAAGAUUGUUUUUGCCAUUAAUCCUGAAAGAAGUUGACUCACUACUAUAUGUUGACACAGAUAUCCUUUUUUUGCGCCCUGUUGAUGAUAUUUGGUCACUGCUAAAGAAAUUUAAUUCCACACAAAUUGCUGCCAUGGCACCAGAGCAUGAAGAACCUCGGAUUGGUUGGUAUAAUCGCUUUGCCAGACAUCCAUACUAUGGAAAAACUGGAAUAAAUUCUGGAGUUAUGUUGAUGAAUAUGACUCGAAUGAGAAGGAAAUAUUUCAAGAAUGACAUGACAACUGCUCGUUUACAAUGGGGAGAGAUACUUAUGCCAUUACUUAAAAAAUACAAACUUAAUAUCACAUGGGGAGAUCAAGAUUUGUUAAAUAUAAUGUUUUUUCAUAAUCCAGAAAGCCUUUUUGUUUUUCCAUGUCAAUGGAAUUAUCGGCCAGAUCAUUGUAUAUAUGGAAGUAAUUGCCGAGAAGCUGAAGAAGAAGGAAUCUUUAUUCUCCAUGGAAACAGAGGUGUUUACCAUGAUGAUAAGCAACCAGUUUUUAGAGCUGUUUAUGAAGCACUGCGAAAUUGCUCUUUUGAAGAUGAUAAGGUGCAUUCUUUGUUACACCCAUUAGAACUGGAACUACAAAAGACUGUACAUACUUACUGUGGAAGAAUACACAAAAUAUUCAUGAAACAACUAACAAAAAGUAUAAGAGAUAAUUAUGUCCGAUCAUCAAAGGAAAGGUGAAUCUUGUUGGUGAAGACUUACUGCCAAAAAAAAAAAAAAGUGUGAAUGAUUUUCUUA